AUGGCUGCCAAACUCGACUUCACCACGUUCCACAAUAUCAUCAAUGGCAAACUGACCUCUACAGCAAAGACUCGCCAUAACAUCAACCCUGCCACAGGCGAGCCCAAUGCGGAGGUACCAGUCUCGACAGCCGAAGAUGUAGACGCUGCCGUUGCUGCAGCCCAGGAGGCAUUUAAGCUGUGGUCUAAGACAUCGCAUGAAGAGCGAGAGAAGGCCCUUGUUGGCUUCGCGGACGCCAUCGAGGCGCAUGCGGAGCAAUUCUUAACCCUCCUGAUUCGUGAACAGGGGAAACCAAGGCAACUCGCAGGAUUUGAGAUUCAGACGGCCGUUGCAUCACUUCGUGUCAAUGCUAAGCUUGAACUGAAACCAGUGGUCCUCGAAGAAACCGAAGAAAAGAAGACUAUCCAACGCUUCACGCCUCUGGGUGUGGCUGUUGGAAUUGUUCCUUGGAACUUCCCUUUGAUGAUUGCGGCCCUCAAGAUAGGUCCUGCUGUCAUGUCAGGGUGCACAAUCAUCAUCAAGCCCUCUCCGUUUACCCCAUAUACGGAUAUCAAGGUUGUCGAGCUAGCACAGCAAUUCUUCCCUCCUGGUGUUAUUCAACUUCUUAGCGGUGACGAUACUCUGGGGCCUAUGUUGACUGAGCAUCCCGGUCCAGCGAAGAUCAGCUUCACUGGCUCAUCCUUCACUGGAAAGAAAGUGAUGGCAAGCGCCAGCAAGACCUUGAAGAGAGUUACCCUAGAACUUGGUGGAAACGACCCAGCCAUCAUUUGCGAGGACAUCGACAUUGAGAAAGUUGUUCCAAAGAUUGCAUUUUUCGCAUUCAUCAAUUCUGGACAAGUCUGCGUAGCCAUCAAACGUAUCUUCGUGCAUGAAUCUAUUUACGAGAAAUUCCGGGACGCCCUCGUCGCCGCCGUCAAACAGUUCAAAGUCGGAGGAGAUGAAGAAGGCGUCACUCACGGGCCCAUCCAAAACUCGAUGCAGUUUGAAAAGGUGAAGAACUUAUAUGCCGAGAUUGAAAAAGAGAAAUGGACCGUUGCCACAGGUGGUCGAAGUGAUCUCGGCCGACCAGGCUACUUCGUCGAGCCAACAAUCAUUGAUAGGCCACCGCUUGACUCGCGUAUCGUUACCGAGGAGCCAUUUGGUCCUAUCGUCCCAAUGGUAACCUGGAAUGACGAGGCCGCCGUUAUCAAGGAGGCAAACAACACAAAAAUGGGCCUGGGCGCUUCCGUCUGGUCAAAGGAUCUGGACCGCGCCCAACGUAUUGCUGACCAACUCGAAGCGGGCUGCGUAUGGAUCAACAACCACGUCGAACCAAGCAGCCAGUCGUCAUUUGGUGGGCAUAAGGAAAGUGGUAUCGGAUAUGAAGGUGGAUUGGGUGGGCUGAUGGCAUACUGCAAUGCCCAGUCUGUCCAUAUUACCAAGAAGUUAUGA